AUGGCCGAAACACUAGCGGCCAUAAUCCUCAUAACAACCUCUGCCAAAGGCGCCAACCUUGUAUUCCGCUGGCCGCCCAAUCCAGUCGCGUCUCCCCGCCUGUGUAGACCAAAACCAGACUCGGACGUCUUCAUCGCUCAGAUCGAUAAUCCAUGGCGUGCUUCUGGGUUUACCGUCCCCACCAAAGGCAACAAUCCUAAUCCUACGGCCACGGGUGCUUCGUCCCCCAAACGAGACGACAAAGACUAUGCGAACGACCCUGAAUACGCCUGGGAGCGCCCGAGCACGCAACGGGUCUCGUUCGGAAAGGACGACGAUAACAGCAUCUAUGUGCGCGAAUACGACAAUCUUUUUGGAUACUCUGGCGAGUUCCUUGCGUCUUUACUGUGUCCGCAGAGCAACAAGUGCCACCAGAAGUUUGAGCUUAUUGUGGAUGAUUUGGCGUUCCUUGGGCAUCCGGUUGCUGCGAAUGAGAGGGGGGAGUGGGAGUUUAGGCCGGAGCCUACCAAGGGGAGUGUGAGAGGCCGGGAGGGGAAGGAGAAGAAGGCGAAGGAGGGGGAGGGGAGUGGCAAAUCCAAGAGUCCGAAUCCUGCUAGUGCGUUGGCGCCGGAGAAUGGGAAGGAGGGCGUGGCGAGUUCGACGACGACGACGACGGCGGCGGUUAAACCCAAGAAACCGUCGUGGAUGCAAAAGUUUCAGUUGGCGUUUGUGUUGGAUCUCCCUGACCCGUCGUCUUCUGCUUCAGGCAAUGUCUUGAAGUAUUUUGAUAUCAUCUAUGAGCAGGUGGUGUUCACAUUCACUGCUGUCUUGUUCCAAGAGCAAGUCCUCUCCAACUUUGUCGAGGCUGAAUGUGAUGUCCUCAUACCCAUGAAGGAAUCGUUUGCUGAACAAGGCCAACCAUACAAGGAGUUCGUGAACCAGGCACUCCAGGCUUCCUCCAUCGCCUCCGCGAUGAAAUGUGUCUACGAAGCAAUCAAGACUCGUUCCAUAGCCUACGUCACCCUCAACAACAUCCCCAUUGAACUCCAACUCCCUCCUUACCUCGACACACUGCUGCACAACGACAGCGAACUUGAUCCGGACUCGAUUGAACGCCCAGAUGAUGAGGAACAGCAGAAUUGGGGCCCAGAGCUGAGUUUUGGUUGGAGGUUGCCUGCGUUGGCGCCGUGGAAGAGUUUGUUGUUGUUGGAUGGGUCGGAUGAGUUGGAGGAUCCUAUUGCGAGUUUGAGAGGCCCGCAUGUUAGUGUGGAGGAUCGGGCGCUUGCGGAGGGGUUGAUUCGGUUUUUGGAGACUGCUUCUAUUACUUUGUCGCUUGCCGAUAUGGCCAGCCUUCUGGACUGGGAUCUUGAAUCCCAGGUUUAUCCGGUGGUAAGGUGGUUAGUCCAACACCGACGUGCUAAAAUCGUGGAUAUCGUCAAUCCGGGACUCAAGACUAUCUUUGCGCUCCCCUCUAAAUUCCCCGCUUCGCUUUCCACCCUCUCGCACCAGUUCAACCAACAGUUCAAUCACCCUGCUAUUCCGUCUCUCCCGCGCAUCCUAGCUGCGAUAAGCUAUUCUCUAGCUCAACAAUCGAAUAACCACUUCUUCGCAGCGGUGGUGCAGAGGAAGGAGUUGAUACCGAUGUAUCAUGAUGUGGUGUUGUGGAUGUUGAAGAGGGAGCUGUUGAUUACGCUGCAUUUGAGGAUUCGGAUUGUUGUUACGCCUGAGAUUAAGCAGAGGGUGUGGAGGAGGAGGCAGAGGGAGCUUGUGAGGAAGAGGGACAGGGAGAGGAGGAGGGAGAGAGGGAAGGGAGUGUUUGGGAGGGGAGGGGGAGGUGGGGGUGGGACGGGUCGAGGGAGGGGGAGGAGUCAGUGGAGAGGUGGGAUUAGUUUGAGUCGGUCCCAUGGACAUGGACAUUGGCAUCAUCUGGAUCUGGAUCUGGAUGAUUUUGAUGUUAGUCAUACUGCGGAGGGACCGUCGACUUCGGGGGGUAGUACGACGACUAAUGCGACUAGUCGGACGCCGUCGGAGGUUUCGUGGCUCUCGCUCCUUCCUACUCAGCGUCGUACGAAACCGACGAGGCGCUUGAGUUCUUCGGAUUCGAGGGCGAGUAAGGGGAGUUCGAUUAGUGAGUUGGUUAUUCGGGAGGAUGAGGAUGAUGAGGGUGGGUUGGAGGGGGAGGAACAUCGGGUUGCUCGGAGCAACAGCAGUAGUGCGUAUAAUUCGUACGACGAAUAUGACUACGACCACGAGUACGACGAUUAUGAUGAAGGGGAGGAGGAUGGGGAUGGUGAAGGGGACGAAGAGGAGGACGUGUUUUCGGGGGAUGGGGAGCGUGUGAGGGACGAGUAUGACGAUGAUGAGACUGAGGUGACGACUGGAUCUGAGAAGGAGGAUGAUUUUACUGCGAGUAUGAUUAAUGAUCCUGGACGGGCGACUCCGAUUCAGAGGAGGUGGCUGGCUGCUAUGUCGGAGGGGAAGGCUCCGCAGAUUAAGAGACGGUUUGAGUUGAUUAACCAGUAUUUUGAUGGGAAGAGGUCGGAUGAUGAGAUUCUUUAUCGAGCGGAGAUUUCGAGGAGGGAGUUAAGAGAGGUGUUGCAUGCUUAUGAUCCUUAUGUACCUACAGACUUUCUUACAUCCGUCAUGAAUGAGGAAUUCGGUUUCGAGGCGUUUGGUUAUGCGAGUGUGUUUGGUGGUGAAUGA